CGGAGGUGCCUGGCCGGCAGUGGGGACCGGAGCAGCAGCGGGGACCGGAGCGGCAAUAGCCGGGCGGCCCCGGGGACAGACGGGGCGGGAAGCUCCGGCCGGCAGCGGCGCAGGGCUGCGAGCUCCCCCUCGGGCAGCGGCCCCGCCGGAGCCCCGGCGGCCGGAGGAGGAAGGUCGGCGGCUCCUCGCCGGCGGCGGGCUCCCUCCGGUAUGGCCCUGGCGGACAGCGCCCGCGGGCUGCCCAACGGCGGCGGCGUCUCGCCGGCGGCGGGGAGCGGGACGGCGGGGAGCGGGGCGGCGGCGGCGGCGGGCGGCUGGUCGUCCUUCCCGGAGAUCGUGGAGCUGAACGUGGGCGGGCAGGUGUACGUGACGCGGCGCUGCACCGUGGUCUCGGUGCGGGACUCGCUGCUCUGGCGCAUGUUCUCGCAGCAGCAGCCCAGCGAGCUGCCCCGGGACAGCAAGGGCCGCUUCUUCCUCGACCGCGACGGCUUCCUUUUCCGCUACAUCCUGGACUACCUGCGAGACCUGCAGCUAGUGCUGCCCGAGCACUUCCCCGAGCGCAGCCGCCUCCAGCGGGAGGCCGAGUACUUCCAGCUGCCCGACCUGGCUCGGCGCCUGGCGCAGGCUCGGGUCGCCGCCGCCGCCCGCCCCGCCGUUCUGCACCGCGACGGCUCCAUCUGCGCCGACGAGCCGCCGCCGCCGCUCCUCGGCUACCUGGAGGCCGAGCCGCUGGAAGGAGGCGGCGGGGGAGCCGCGGCCUCUGCCCCGUCGCCCACCGCCAGCCGCAGCCCUUCGGGCGGGCCGCUGCUCACGCCCUCGCAGUCGCUGGACGGGGCGGGCGGGCGACGCUCGGGCUACAUCACCAUCGGCUACCGGGGGUCCUACACCAUCGGGCGGGAGGCGCAGGCCGACGCCAAGUUCCGGCGGGUGGCCCGCAUCACCGUCUGCGGCAAGACGGCCCUGGCCAAGGAGGUCUUCGGGGAGACGCUGAACGAGAGCCGCGACCCCGACCGCCCUCCCGAGCGCUACACCGCCCGCUACUACCUCAAGUUCAAUUUCCUCGAGCAAGCCUUCGACCGGCUCUCCGAGGCCGGCUUCCGCAUGGCCGCCUGCUCCUCCACCGGCACCUGCGCCUUCGGCCCCGAGCAGGGCGGCCCUGCCGAUGACAAGAUCUGGACCAGCUACACCGAAUAUGUCUUCUGCCGGGACUGAGCAUCUGCCCAGCCCGCGGCGUGGGGAUAAGGCGACAGCCCCUGCGCACCCUGGCACCCACGGUCGCCUCCUGGCCCAGAGGAAGGAGGACGUGGAGGAGGGCUCUGUCCCCCUGCGCGUUCCUCAACCCAGUGCCUGCCUCCAUCAACACGGCGGGCCAGCCCCCAGCGCAGCCCCCAUCCCUCCUGCACGCACCUCCCGAUGGCCCUGGGGACAGGAGGUCACCAUGUCGUGCCUCAGCCGCCAUGUCCCUGCUUGGCCGCUGGGUCCCGUCUCAGCCACCUGGCUCGUACCGGCGUCCUCCCUCCCAUGCCUCCCAGUAGCUGUGUCAGUAGCGAAGAAGGAGAGGGGCAGCAAGAGUAGACAAAUACCCAUCCCAGGAAAGUGUGCCCGUGUGCCCAGCCCCUGCCCGUACCUGCACACAGGAGCUGAGGGGUAGUUCUGCCAGGUUGGGGUGUUUUAAAAGCCACCCAUUUAGGAGCUGAGGAACUUUUAGGUUGCUUUUUAGCAACUUCUGUUGAAGGUGACGCGACAAAUGGCUGUCUUUCCUCAUCCCCAUCCCCAUAAGUGGGAUUUCACCUUGUUGGGCGGGCACAUAAUAGUCCAUUUGAUCCCUGCACUCCAUCAAAGUGAUGCCUGUCUGUGAAGGACCAACACAUGGAGGUGAUGCCUGACUGUAAGGGCUUGGCACUGGCUCGUACUUCCUCUGCAGAGAUAAGUAAUUUUGCAGGAGGCAUGUGUGUGGCCCCUCAUGACCAGUUGCAUCCAUCUCUCCUCUCUGCUCCCUGUCUCUCUGAACUCCCCUCUCCAAGCUCAUAACCUAAACCAGGGCCUGCACAGCAGGCAUGUGAGGCAGAUGUGAAAGGACAGAUUUGCUGGACAACCAACCCUUCGGGCUAUAAAAUGUCCUUGGAGACACGCAUUUAUUCCCUUGACAGGUAAAGCAAGGACACUUUGAAAAAUUAAACUGCUUGCGAAUCGUAGCUUUCAUGGGUGGUGUGAAGUCCUUAUAAUUCUCUAGAAGUUGCUGUCUAUAAUAUGCAUAGAAAUCUCAAUGCAUAUUUCCUUAAACAGCCUGAAAAUGAUGGGGGCAAGAUAAAGCCAGGCUUUCCAGGUGAAGGUAGAGCCUGCUUCCUGGGAAGCUGACACCAUGUAAAUUGAUUUAAUGCAGAUGUAAAUUGUAAGUGUAAUCAAGAGCACCCUGCUUGUUACUUUAAGUUUUGUCAUGUUAGUACUGUAAAACUUUGAAGCCAACAGAAUUGAUGCUGAAACCACUUCUUUAGGAACCAGUUUCUUAGUUUUCAUGGCAGUACUGUCAGGGCAGUUGUACUGCUGAGAGUUAAGUACCUCUUCCUAUACAAACUUAGUGCUUCUUAGAAAGGUUUGAGCCCCAUCAUUACAAAACCAAGAAUGGUGCCAGCUUUCUUCAGGAGAAAUUACCCCUUUUAAGCUGUAUUUGGUUCUUGCUAGCUAACAGCCUUUCUUUCCCAGAGGAGGCAGUCGUAGCUCACUUUGGAACAGAAGAUCUGAGCAGCAAAUUUUAUAGCAGGGAAGACUGAGCAGCUCUUUCUAACAAAUUUAUUGAUUGGGGUACAAAAGCACUUCCCUUUAAAACCUGAACUUGAUUUUAAAACCUAUGUUGUGUGCCCAGACCUUCACAGAAAAAUAUCCUAAAUGUAUCUGAAGUGUUGAAUAAUUUAGUGGUACAUAGUAAAAGCUUGAAGUAACAUUUUUAAAACUCUCAAAUACUAAAAUUUUGUAACUCCAAAUUUAGAAAAACUGCUAGCACUUGUGUUCUAACCAAAGAACUUCACAGCAGGGUUUUAUUUUUAAAAUAGUAAUUCCUUUGAAAAGAGCUGUAGCUGCAAAUGUAUUGAGUUUCAGUGCUCAGUCCCUGUGUUUGCCACUUGGUCUCUCAUUAAAUGCAUGCAUAGCUGCAUAAAGCUGAAAAUAAAUCGCAUCACCGUGAUUUGUUUUGGGGUUUUGUUUGCUCGUUGUUUGUUUGUUUUUGUUUUCGUUUUUGUUUUAAUAUUAGCAAGUCAGUGUGAUUAAAUUGAAGAUUCACAUAAGAAAGCAUUGGUUAUUGUACUGUCCAGUUGUAGAUAGCUGUAUAAUGGAGUAUUUUUAAAAGGAGAGAAAUAUACACCUGCCAAAUUAGAUGAGCAAUAAGAUAAAGUGAGAGGCCAAUACACAUGAAGAUGGAAUGAAAACUGUUUGUCCUAUGCCUUACUCUGAGAUUAUUUCUUUGUGCUUAACUUAUUUAUAUCACAAGUGAAAGGACAUUGAUCACAGCUACUAGGUCUUUACAAUGCUGUUCUCGAGAAUAAUGACCGUCUUUUUCUAGUUUCUGUUAAGUAAUUCUGAAGUCUGUUUUUUAAGAUUUUUGUAUAAAAUCAGUUUUCAGUAAAGUGUUCAAAUUUGCUCUAAAUAGCUUUCUUUUUUUAAGAAUCUGGUAGCUUACUAAAUCCAUCCUAGGAGCUAUGAAUAGGGGCAGUUUUAAAUUGAACUUGUGAUUUAGUGUACAUAUAUAUACAGUAUAUAAACAUUUUACACGAAUCAUUUAGUUUUUUAAUCAUUUUAGUGCUACAGAAUUUAGUAAUCUAUCCAGCUGGGCAUUUGCAUAUUACGCUAUGUACAUAACAUGGUCAUGUUUUAUUGGUUUCCUAUACCUGUUUCUAUGGAAAACUGAACAUGAAUAUCAGCUUGUAGAACUGAAACUGAUUACAUGUUGGCUUGAAUGUGACUCAUAACUAAACUUCCAGGUGGCUGAAUGCAUCUCGAAAACAAAGAUUGCCUGUAUUUUGAUCAAUGUUUGCCUGUCCGUUAGCUGGCAGGUGACCCAGAAAUUCUCUUAUUUUGAGUAAAAAUAGAUGUAAUAAAAAGAUAAAUUGAUGAUUUUUUAAUCUUUUGUGGUUGUACUAGCAACUCUAAGCAUUGUUAGUAUUAGGAAAUGAGGCCCUUCAUUUACUAAUAGCUCAUUACAUUUAGGCUUAAAAUGAUGGUGCCAUAAAUGUAAUAGUCAUUUGAUGGUUUGCCUGAGAAGGCGGUAUUUUUCUUAAACAAUGCUUAGUAAUUUCAGUAAAAUUUUUAAAAGGCAAUGUGCCCAAGGCAAAGUCACUGAGAUUUGCUGGUCUCUUGUGUUGAGGGCACAAAGAAGGGAUAAACACAAUGACUCCGCUAACCUGUUGAUAUGCAGAAGGACAAAACUAAAGGCAAAAUACUGGAGUCCUGUAUACAUUUCAUAGCUGUUAUUCACAGUUCAUGUACUUAUGGAUGAGUGCAGUGACAUUUACAAGUGCUAGUAAAAAAACAAAGGCAGUCUUUCUUUUAAUUAGAAAUUAAGGCAUAUAUCUUUUAAGUGAUGCAUAUCAUGAAGGGUGACUUUGCAGAUGUUUGAUAGGAUGUUUAUAUUUUUAUACAUGCAGAUAACGAGCCACUUAGUCAUUCUUAUUUUCACACGUAUAGCAUUGAAAAUAAAGAUCCUCCUAAAACAUCGC